UGUAAAAGAAGAUACAAUUGUUUUCACAAUACAAGUAAAUGUUUUAUUUCUCAAGCUCUUGAAUGAGCGCAAAGAUAGCGAUGUUUUGAAGAAAUUUUCUUACGUACAAAUUUUGAACGCACUUAUUGAAAGAUACCGGAUAAAGUUAAAAGAAUGCAGCAGGAUAAACGAGAGAUUUAGAGUUCUCUGCAUUAAAGCCAAGAGGGCCAGCUGCAAUACAAAGUCGGGCAGAAAGCGAUCGAAACUCUUAAACAAUGUAAAGAGCGUCGCAGUUCUGUACGAUGAACUUGUAGAUUUGCCAGGAGAUCUGGAAAAAGCAAUGCUUUGCUCAAAAGAAAACGAAGAACUUGAAAGGCGAUGCGAGAAUCUGUUUAACGAACUACAACAAGCUAAAAAGAUUAACCGAGAAGAGGAAGAUGACUAUCAAAAAAAAACUCAAGAAAACAAGUAUCUGAAAGAUUACAUCGAAAAAACCGGUUUGGCCAUGGAUCUUUGCAAUACAGGAAAAACCGUGAGUGAGGUGAAAGAAAGACAAAAAAGGAGAAAGAUUAAAGAACUGAAAAGUGGUGUGGAAAAGGCUCUUUGGUUUGCUGGCACGUAUGGACUGAACCUGACCUCGGCAACAUUUUCAGACGUGAAUGGAAAUGACUUUCCUCUCAGCUUCACCGAUAACACAAAGGCAAAGUCUUACAAAAACCUCUCUGAGGAAGAAAAAAACAGAAUUAAAGAAGUUCUUUUCAUCCAAGAUAAAUUCUGUGUAGGUGAAGCAGCCUACCACGAGUUAACUAUGAGUGAGGGUGGGGAAAGCCUGCCAAGAUCAUACUUGAUUCGUCAAUGUAAAGACUCAAUGAAUGAAUUGUGUCACAUUGAAAGGACACCUGGCAUGGCAGAAGGUGCACAAGUUAACUUUAAAGAUGAACUUAAAAAAGUUUUGACGAGUCUUAUAAGUAACCGCAAAGAAGAUGAAAACAAUGAAUCACAAUCUAAAAUAGGCAAGAUAAAGGUGAAGCUGUCUGGAGAUGGUGCCAAAAUGACACGUGUGACCAGCUUUGUUAUAUUAUCUUUCUCCAUUUUGGAUGACAAAGACUCAGUGAUGUCUUCUAAAGGUAACCACACAGUUGCUGUCAUUAAGGGUGCUGAGUCCUACGAAUUACUUGAGACCUCUUGUUCAGACAUCUUUCAGGAUGUAAACAAAUUGAUAAAGGAAAAGUAUAUCAAGAUUGAUGGCUGUGAUGAUCCUAUUGAAAUUGAGAUAUGCAUGGGAGGAGACUAUAAGUUCCUGCUAUUGAUUAUGGGAUUGAAGGGAGCCACCUCUGACUUUGCCUGCUUAUGGUGCAAGAUAUUUAAAGCACUCAGAUAUGACAUGUCUAAACCAAUGGAUUUCUACAUAACUGAUAAAGAGAUGAUAAGAACUCUAGAAGACAUCAAGAAAUGUGCCCUUAAGAAUUCAUAUUCCUGUGAACAUGUACCACUAGUAAACAUACCACUUGAAAAUAUAGUUCUGGAUGAACUCCACCUUAUGCUUAGAGUAACUGAUAAGUUGACAAAGAAUCUUAUUUUGGAGGCUGUUAACAGAGAUAACAAAGACAGCGUAGAGAAGACUCGAAGUAAAAACACUAUGACUUACCUUGACAGUUUGGUGAAAACUAUCUGUAGCUGUGGCAUUUCAUUCUCAGUGUGGGAGAAAAAAAAUGCAGACGGCAAAGCGAGCGGUGUAUAUGACUUCACAAGUCUCAUGGGCUCAGAGAAAAAAAUCCUCCUUGAAAAGCUCCCUGAGAAGUUGUCUGGGGUGAUUACUCCAGAAACAUCUGAUUCUGUUAUUCAACUUUGGAAGGAUUUCAACAAUAUUUACUCACAUUUACUACAGAUGAAGUCUCCAACAGAAGAUGAAAUAGAGAAAUAUUUUUCAGAGGUCAAAGCUUGGGUGGAUCUGUUUGUAAAACUUGGAAGUCAGUUGGAAGGGUAUGGAAAGGCUAGAGUCACCACAUACAUACAUGCAAUGGCUUACCAUGUUCCACAGUUUAUGCGAAAACAUGGUGGGGUAAAAAAAUUUACUGGACAAGGUAAUUGAUCGAUU